GCGGAGCGCACGGCCGGGGCCGGCGGGGGCGCAGCGCGGCGCCUGGCAGCGCGGGGCUCGGGGCGCCGGGGCUGAGCGAGCGGCGGCGGCGGCGGCACCACCCCGCUCCCUCUGCCACCUCCGGCCCGGCCCGGACACCCCCCUGGGCCAUGGCCCUGGCCGACAGCACACGUGGAUUACCCAACGGGGGCGGCGGCGGCGGCGGCUCGGGCUCGUCGUCGUCGUCCGCCGACCCCGCGCUCUUCCCCGACAUCGUGGAGCUGAACGUGGGCGGCCAGGUGUAUGUGACCCGGCGCUGCACGGUGGUGUCCGUGCCCGACUCGCUCCUCUGGCGCAUGUUCACGCAGCAGCAGCCGCAGGAGCUGGCCCGGGACAGCAAGGGCCGCUUCUUUCUGGACCGGGACGGCUUCCUCUUCCGCUACAUUCUGGAUUACCUGCGGGACCUGCAGCUCGUGCUGCCCGAUUACUUCCCCGAGCGCAGCCGGCUGCAGCGCGAGGCCGAGUACUUCGAGCUGCCCGAGCUCGUGCGGCGCCUCGGCGCGCCCCAGCAGCCCGGCCCGGGGCCGCCGCAUCUGCGGCGCGGGGCCCCCCAGGAGGGCGCCCUGGGCGACGAGCUGCUGCCGCUGGGCUCGGCCGAGUCGGAGGCGCCGUCGCCCACGCUGGAGCUGGCGAGCCGCAGCCCGUCCGGGGGCGCGGCGGGCCCGCUGCUCACGCCGUCGCAGUCGCUGGACGGCAGCCGGCGCUCGGGCUACAUCACCAUCGGCUACCGCGGCUCCUACACCAUCGGGCGCGACGCGCAGGCCGACGCCAAGUUCCGGCGGGUGGCGCGCAUCACGGUGUGCGGCAAGACGUCCCUGGCCAAGGAGGUGUUCGGGGACACCCUGAACGAGAGCCGGGACCCCGACCGGCCCCCCGAGCGCUACACGUCGCGCUAUUACCUCAAGUUCAACUUCCUGGAGCAGGCGUUCGACAAGCUGUCCGAGUCGGGCUUCCACAUGGUGGCGUGCAGCUCCACGGGCACCUGCGCCUUCGCGGGCAGCACCGACCAGAGCGAGGACAAGAUCUGGACCAGCUACACCGAGUACGUCUUCUGCAGGGAGUGAGCGCAACCCCCUCCCCCCCCCCCGAUCCCGGCUUGUCUCCAGCCCCACCCUCCCUGUUUCCCACGCAGGACGACCCCCUCCCCCCCAACCCCCAGCCCCUGCCCGGGUUCCCCAGCUCCAGCCGGGCCAGACCCAAGUACCCCCGUCCCACCCCAUCCCGCCCCGAACCUGCAGCUGCAAACCCCCUCGGCUUCGUCGUCGUCUUUGGAUCCCUCUAACCAAGACAACCCCGAGGCUCCCACACAGCCCACCCCCACGCCCCGCCCGGCCCCUGCCUCGAGCUAUCCCUCCCCCCACCCCCACCUCCCUCACCCCCUAGAUCCUUCAGAAUGGAUCUAGCGGGGCUGUGUGGCCGCACAGUCACCAAGUACCUGGGAAGGACUGAAUGGUUCCGAACCCGACUGGGGGAGGGGGGGUCCUGGCCAGAGCGUAGAUUUCCCUGAAGCCUCCCCGACCACCCCCCGUGACUCAGGCGCGGGGGAAGAGAUCAGAACUGAUAACAAUUUGGGAAGAGCGUUUUGAAGGUCAGUGCACACCGGUCUUCUGGGCCGCUUUGAAAGGGGAGCCUUCUAGAAGAGGACGCUGGAGGACGAGGCACUGGACCUGCAAAUUGGGAGCCGAUGGACAGGCCAUGCAGUGAUUUCUAAGUGAGGCAAGUUUGGGGAAGUUAACAGGUAGCCGUAGAAGAAGAACCCCGGGCCGGGCGCCAGGAGAGACCAUGCCUUUUUGCAGAGCGAACGGCCUCCCUCUCCACGGCUUGGCACGGACUGGGAGUCACUGCCCUCCUUCCUGCCCGAGGGGGCCCCCAGAGUUGGACCGGUUGACUUGGCAGCCCAAUAUUGGCAAGAGGGUGAAAGAGCUGCUGCCGGAAGAGGGCAGGACAGCCCAGGUCACCGAGCACUGUGGGAAGUCACCUGGUGGUGGCUUGAAUGGAACCGGGGCAGCAGAGCAGUCUGUCCUGGGCCUGCAGAAAGGCCGGCGCUGGCAGCGAAUAGCAGUGCAAGCCCUUAGCACUUAAGUCUUGGGGGUGG